CCGCAUACAUAGACAGUUAGAAGGGUUGUAUUUAAGAACAGGUGCCAUUACGAAGCGGGAGUUUUGAAAGGUAAAAAUAUAUUAGAAGUUGAGGCGAUGAUCCCCUUGCAAGAAGAUCAUAUUGAUGCUCAUUGUGGCGUUAGCAAUAAACAAAUAAAGGCGAAGAAACGACAGUUAGAACGAGUGAGAAGACAAAAGAUCAACGAAAAGUUGGAAAAAUUGAAGGUUAUCGUCAUGAGACAACUCGGGAAUGAUGUCGGAUUUUACCCACCAAUGGAGAAAGCCGAUAUCCUGGAGCUGGCAAUUCGAUGCUUAGAAAGCAAGGAACAAGUAGAAGACAAAGAAAACACGAUCCACGACAGAAAACCGUUUGAAUUGAACACAAAAGAAAAGUUUAAAUUAGAAACGACGCCUAUAAGAACGAACUGCUCGAAAGCAAAAAAACAUGAACUAGCAGAGAACUGCUACGAUGAAAACUCGAUGAUUUUUAGACAGCUUCCUGCUGAAUUUAAGCCACUCUUACAUCAUCCAAUCAGAUCAUUCAACAGAGAUAACAAGCACCAAACCAAUCAACUUCAAAUACGGACACUGAAGCAUCCAAUAUGGAGACCAUGGACUUAG